AUGGCGAAGGACCCUAUCCUUGAACUGGCCUUUAAUCAUGUUGUCUUGCCCCCAAAGCUCCCCGGGAAACAGGACAGUAAUAUUGAGGAUGUCGACAAAAAACUGCUUUCACUUCUUUUGCGCGCAACCAAUGCGAUGAAAUCUUGCGCUGAAGACAACGACCUUUUCAUAUGGCAGGAUAUCGAGAAAGCCCUACGGACCUGCGGGCUUGUGAACGAAGAUAGAUAUAUAAACCAAACGGCACUCAUGAACAUUUUCCGCCACUUUGAGGAUCAAAAUGCUGUCAUCUUGUAUAUCACGGAGCAAAACGCCGGCCUUCUUAUUCGAUCUGUGGGUGAGGACGUCAUUUUCGAAGCCUUCGAGGCUUCACCCACCACUGAGGAAACUCUGGCAUCACAAGGAGCCAUGCAAUGGGAUUUCCCCACCAUUGCUGCAUCCCUAAACCGUUCCGUAUUUGAGAAUCCUGUCUUUCAAAAGAAUUUAGUCUCAUUUCUUGAAAAGGCAAGUCUUGAGCCGCUGGAUGAAUUCGCAGCCAAGACCUUCAAAGCUGGCGUAAAGAUCUCUGAAACCCGUGAUACGGUUGACCCUACACUCAUUACGAGCUUCCUCAUGACCUUGUUGGAAGUCAACGGCAGCCGCAUAUAUCCUCCCAUUCUUCGGAAGCGCAUCAAGGAUGAUGUGGUCUGGGAUAAUGCGGAACUGCCGUGGCGACGAAGUCCAUUCUGGCUUACACUACGCGUUGCAGCUCAGCGCUUACUUUGCUUGAAAAUGGGGGAGGAGAAGGGACGAGCGAAUUACAAGUUCCUGAUGUGUUGUGUUCUUGUGGAGCUGCUGCGAGACUCCAUCAACCACCUGAGUGUCGAGUGGUGCACUAUCCUCAGAGCCAAGUUAUGCUGUCGUCUGGCCAAGUUGGAAAAUGAGAAGAAGGCAGCUGCAAGUCUCUCUACUGCUUCUGUAUAUACCAAGCUUUUUGAAGACAUUGGUCCCCUUUUUCGAAACACUAUGGAGACUGUCACAUCCGCGAUUGAAGCCCAGUGGAACGCUUUCAAGGCGGAGUGUCAGCGCAAAAUCCCACCCCUACCGCUGCGUGCUCAGAACAGUGAGCUCUACUUGACUCUUCCGAAUUGCGGAUCUUACCUCCAGGGAGUUCUUAACCAAGCUCGUCACCAGAGGUUGAGACCAGUGCUUGUCGAUCCAGCUGCUCUUGGCCCCAAUUCUAGCAAAACCACGACCGAAUACUUCAGCUCCAUGACUUCGCGUUAUUCCGCGCUGGAUGAAUUGGAGAUAAAAAUCGAGUCUGCAGAUUUUAGGGUCCCUAAAUCCAAGGACAUGUGUUCUCGGAUUUGCAAGGAUCUUGCUGCUGAGAUCCGCGGUUAUCUGGAAGCUGUCGGGGAUACCUAUGAAGGCAAUCCAGAGCAAAUGAGUACCUUCAUUCUCAAUGUAUCUGAGCUAUGGAUGCGUAUGGACAAAUGUGCUACUGCUGUUCAUCCGCUGCUGCUUGAGUAUCACCCCUUCAUCGAACCAGAAAUACUCGACGUCUUGCUGCUAUCACGUCUUCACGAUAUGCGUCGUCUUCAAGCCAUUCAACAAUAUCUCCACGGCAGAUGCCUUCAGGCUAAAAUGCAUAUCAGUAUCUUCGCGGAAACCCAAGCAAAUUGCUUUGCUUCUCAGUAUUUUAUAAAGUGUGACAAAUCUGAAAACAUGGGGAAACUGUACGAGCUUCAUGACCACAUUGACGCUGCAUCGACGAGAGCACGAGAUUCCAAAGAGAAGGAGCUACAAAAAGUUAAUCAGGAAUAUAGCGACCGCACAGAGAAGAUGGUACAAAUCCUCUGUACACAAAAGCGGCAUCCAGAUGGCUCACAUGAUAUUCGAGGCUGCACGCACUGCUGGCAUGUUCGCUCUCGCCGACGUCUGAAGAUUCAAGUCCAUGAAGAUUUUCUGCCAAAAGAUCCCUAUCAAAGGCGUAUAACUCUGUUUGAGCUUAAGCCUCCUCCGACGUUCUCAACUUAUCGCAGUGCCACUUGGGAAAUUAUCAAUUGUCUCUCUCCUAAAAUUGCGUCAAAGCCCGACGAAGCACCGGAAGUACUCUUGGGUAGCUAUUCUCAGCUCAAGAUCUAUAAUAUGAAAAGUGAAGCUUUUUCUUUGGCGUCAAAGACAAAAUCUUAUUUAGGGACUCAUUACAAUUUUAAAAAGCUGCCCGCUAGCGCCUCAAAAGUGCUAUUGCCUUUGGGGCUGAAGUUCUCCUACUAUGACUCGCGACGUGGUACCUGGGCCAAAGAUUUCCCACAAUCAUUGAAAUUAGCCCACCAUUUUGCCAUCAGUAUCCCGAAAGAACUCGCGUUCUCAGGUCUUUACUCCUCGCCAAGUUUUGCGGCAGACGGAAACGGCCCUUCUUCAUAUGAGACCGUUGCGAGCAUCGCGGAAUGUCCACCGGAAUUGACUGUCCACGAAUACAUUGCUCACCAGGGUCUAAUGGCAGGAAGAAACAGACGGUGGCUCUCUAUGCUUGCUGAAAUGGCGUCGUCGAAUGUCAAUUUCAGUCUCCAGGACACCACGAUCCUCUUCCAUCAUCUUGCCCUUCAAGCGGGGCCCAGACUGGGCCACGACGACUUACGGGCUGUUCAUGUCAUAUUCAAAGAUGUUGCAUUUUGUUUGGCACUUUUUGACCAGAUCGUGCGACACACGGAGGCUAUUUCCGCGAAUUGGCGUGAGAUCAAUUACAUGGAAACUAUGCUGACACUAACCAUUCGACUGUGUAUGCUGGGCUCCCGGAAACCAUCCGCUCGAGCUAAUCAGAUUUUGUUGAAAAUCCGUCUUACUACGCUCAAUUGGAUCAGUCGCCUUCGACAGGAGACAAGGACCACACAAGAGGCAGACGUUGCAGAGAGAACUGCGCGAUACGGAUUCAUGUCAGCUUUGCUAUGUCGCAGGACAUUCGCACCCCAAGCAUACAAUGGCACAGAACUCGAUUCGGAAUCGUUCAAGUCUUUUGUGGAGGCCACGCUUGCCAUGCAAGAGAAUCUUGUCGUUGACUUGAGCCGGUUCUCGACAACGACGCGAAAUAUGCUGGUCCGCGAUAUCAAGAUGGCCCAUCGGAUGAGGACUAUGAUACUUCGUUUAGCUGAGCGAUACCCAUCCAGCCUCCAGUCAGCGAUUGACACUGUUUGGCCAAAUCCAAACGAUGCCCCUCGACAGUAUACUAGUUGGUCUGUUCUGCCGCCACCAUAUGAAUGGUGGAUGACCUCGACAGUGCGAGCAACUACGAGAUCUGCACCCCAGACAGUGCACUACCAUCUUCUCGAGGGUCAUCUUCUGAUUGAUAGCAAGCCACUUGGAAAGCUUCCUGCGGGAAUAAGGGAUUCGAGUAUUUUGAAGAGUCUUUUUGGAAACCAGCGACUUGUUGCAUUUCCAUCAAGCCUACCAGGAAUGAGCUACAUGCUGGGGAUCCCAAAAAAUGGAUAUUACAUUCAUUUAGGAUAUCGAGGCCAGCAGCUAAUUAUUCAAGCUCAAGGAGCAACUACUCUGCUCGAGUUGAUUCCCAAAGAUGUCUUUGGCGACAAAUUUAAUUUCGACCUCCCGGGGUUUCUGAUACAAGACUGCGUGCACUGGCUCGAUUUGAAUUCUGGAAAUCUCGAUGUUCGUCGCCAACCAGACAUCUGGAAGAGCAAACCCAGCAACUGGAUAAUAAACAUUCGUACUCGACAAGGGAAAAGACGAGAUUCCUUUCUAGUCGACCCGCACAGCAAGACCUUUGAGUUAAUGGCACAGAUAUUCCGUGAUUUUGCGCCAGCGCAUCUGUUGACGGUUUUUCAGCCUCGCGGAAAAUUGGCGGUGGAAUUGAAAACCAUGGACCUCGACUUUUAUGUCAACAAUAAUCACAUGCUCCAUUGCAGGAAGUUAGCGUCUGAGAUCGAUCCCGAUCAAGAUGUCGGUGCCUUAUAUGGUCUCCGAAGCAUGAUUGUUUUGAGAGAUGCGGCCAAUCCGCUGCAGCGCAGUGUCAUCACGACGUUGGGAACUUUGCGAUAUCGACGUCAUGGAGUACAUGUCCAUGUGAAGAUGGAAAAUGAUGGAGAUUAUGCUAAGUACAUGAUUGACGACAUACUGGGGCGAUUGCACUGUCCGCCAGAGCCGCGCCUUCUAUACAACAAAGCUCAGUUACAUGCCUUCACAUCCUUCAUUCUCCCAGAUCCUCUCACAGGUCGGACCGGGACUGAAGAGGCACUACGUUGCCUACAGUCGGGGUUAUGUCAGCCAUGGAAUACCAUAAAUACCGGCUCUAUACCAAUUCUCAAGACAAUAGCGAAUUUGUCGCCACGGAGGCACUACUAUCCCAAGGAAUUGAAACGACAGCAAGUCGUCACCUGGGAUCCGCAUUUGACCGUUACCAUUCAGCACGAUGCGUUUAAGUUGGUUGUUGAUUCAAUCAUGAAGAAGCUAGAGCGGCUCUCGUUAUUCCAGGAAGAUGUUUUAAAGGCUCAUGAUGAGGAUGAAGUGUGGACGAUUCCACACCUCCGUGAACGGGCCCACUGGCGUCGAUCUAUCUACGAGCGUCCAGAGAUGAUGGUUACUGCUGCCCUCGCGCCUGCUGACAGGAAAUAUGUGUCUCGAGGGGCGUUGAACCAGUCAAAACGGACAUCCAAAGCUCGGGAGGUCCUGAAGUUACUUUGCUCACGGCCUAGGCUAAUCAACACGACCACAAAUCUGAAAGAUAUUUUACGGAAAUGGCCCAUAAUCGGUGGUUAUAUCGGCGAGUUCGCGCCAAAUCUUAUCAGUGACUGUCUUGGGGCAGAUUUGGGCGAGGAAUGGGGUGGUCUGGUAAAGCUCUGCCAGAAUUGCGAGCCAGAAGACGUGUACAACCUGAUGUUUUGGGUGGGACUGAUGGCGUUUCGCGAGAGUGUUGAUAUGCGAAUACUAAAAACAGCUGUUUCCUUUUUCAUUCUCAACGAUCUCAAAUACCUUGACCUCCCCAGAUACGCUUCAUUUGCCGGGCCUGAGAUGGAUAGGAGCAUCACCGUACAAGAUCUAUCUAGCAUGAUCAGGCCCUAUUGCAAGAAAUAUCAGAAGCCGCCAGUUCCCAGACGUUUAGUUAAUUCUGUGAGAUUUGAGACCGACAAAAAUGAUCACGAACAAAAAUGCACCGACGAAUCCAUGGACUUUGCAAAGUUCUUGCUCAAGCAAUGGCCGGCUCCUUUGCCUUUGAAAGCAGGCUUCGAUGCAAAAUACGUCGACUUGGAUGAUGCCCUGGAAGUGAUUACGCCUUAUUGGCAGAGAAUAUACACUGGCUUGCAGCUCUCAAGGCACGUCGCUGAGGUGCAAACGAUUCUCAAUCGGUACUUUGUCGCUAAAAACGCUAGUGAUCCGGAAUUGAUUAUCCCGGAAUCGACAAUAUUUGGGCCACCACGGCGGGGGAAUAUAAAAGCGAUCCCUCAUUUGGGAAAAGAUCUUUUCAUUAAACCAGGCGAAAAAAUUGGUAGAGUGCCUUUCAAGUUGCCGAGCAUUGCAAAGCCCAAAUUCGAGGAAAUCAAUCGCCGGGUUCACUAUAAACUAAACAGGCAAUUGAAUGCACUGUCUACGGGAGUGAAGCCAGAUUCGACGAGGGAAAUUGCUGAGCUGGAGAGGAUCAUUGGUCGAUUUCGCCAUUCGGACUGUCCUGUGAGGUCGAUAUACGGCAACGACCUAGUCCAGAGCAUCGAUGCACUCAAGAAAAUGAAUAAAACCUUAACAGCGAAGCCUUUGGUGGAUAUCAACCUUGAUUUCGAGAUUGGUAAGGCUUAUAGGGCUCUUGAACAACGCUACCAAUCCCUAGUCAACGCACUUGUAGUUGAUGAUCCGAGAUGCCCUUGGCUUUUUCAAGCAAAUCUUUGUCCCUCCAUGACGCCAAUAUCGCUACUUGAAUACCUGCGGUCUAAUUCCGAUUUCUCCAUUGGCAAAUAUAUGAAGAUAAUGGUCUUUGAGUACGCCAAAUCAAUUGUCAAGGUGCAGCAUCUGCUCCGGAUGAAGGAUGCCUUGCUGAAAAAUGAUGAGGGGAGGUUCAGACAAGAGUACAACAACCCCGGCCACGUUAAUUGGGAUCCAUUCUUCUUCCCUGACUGGCUGCUUUUGGAAAUUGACUCGAACAUACAAAUUCGAGAGGACCAAGUUACAGUCGCACUGGAAAUGAUCUCACCAUCAUCGGGCACCAAUUCCGUUUUGCAGAUGAACAUGGGACAGGGGAAAACUUCAGUAAUCACCCCAAUGGUGGCAUGUGUCCUUGCAGAUAGGAAGAAGCUCACCAGGCUUCUGGUCCCCAAAGCGUUGCUGUCGCAGACGGCGCAAAUCCUCCAAUUGCGACUCGGUGGCCUUCUGGGCAGAGAAGUAACCCAUGUACCGUUCACGCGUCGGACACCAACAUCACAGCAACACAUCCAGGAGUAUCACAAUCUUCACAAGCAUAUGAUGCAGUCAGCCGGUAUUAUGCUGGCUGUACCAGAGCAUGUCCUGUCCUUCAAACUGUGCGGUCUGCAGCGCUUGUCAGAUUGCAAGGCCUCUGAAGCGCACCAGAUGGUGGUCAUCCAAGGGUGGAUGGAUCGGGUGUGCCGUGAUAUUUUGGAUGAAUGCGACUUUACCCUCGCUACAAAUACUCAACUCAUUUAUCCAAGUGGUGCACAGUUAGCUGUUGAUGGACACCCGCACAGAUGGAAGGUUGCCGAGACAAUACUUGGUUUGGUCGCACAUCAUCUGAGAGAUCUGGCGCAGGAGUUCCCCCAGAGCAUUGAUGUGAUAGAGCGAGAGGUUACGGAGUUUCCUGUUGUAUACUUCCUGCGAAGUGAUGUCGAAAAUACUCUUAUACAGAGACUUGUGGAUGAUAUAUGUGCCGGACGAACGUCUAUAAUUCCCACUCGAGACUGCACGAAGGAACAGCGGCAGGCAAUCCGAGUCUUUAUCUCACAGGAAAUGGUGGAACGACAUACCAUCAACGUGGUCUCGCAAUUAUUCCCUGGUGCACCGAAUACCAGAAAGAUGGUUUAUCUUUUGCGUGGUCUCCUCGUGCAUGGCAUCCUUCUUCUCUGUCUGAAGAGACGCUGGAACGUGCAGUACGGACUGCACCCUGGUCGAGACCCUGUAGCUGUUCCUUUCCAUGCAAAAGGCGUUCCUUCCGAGCAAGCUGAAUGGGGUCAUCCCGAUGUCGCCAUCCUAUUCACAUGCCUUGCGUUCUACUAUGAAGGACUGAACAAAAAGCAGCUUCGAGAAAGCCUACAAGCCGUUUUGAAGUCGGAUGAUCCUACUACCAAAUAUGACCAGUGGACGCAGGCCUCAGCCUCGCUUCCGGAUGCCCUGCGCCACUGGAAUAUUAUCAACGUUGACGAUGAGGGACAGGUUGAAGAGAUAUGGCGCCAUUUACGCUUUUCAACUGUCGUCAUCAACCAUUUCCUUAAUCACACUGUUUUUCCAGGUCAUGCAAAGCAGUUCAGCGUCAAACUCCAGGCAUCUGGAUGGGAUGUCCCUCUGUUCUCCGUUAACAGACAGUGGGCAGAUGAGACCGGUAACAGGCCGGGAAUUACGACCGGUUUCAGUGGCACAAAUGACAACAGGCGCCUACUUCCAAUGACGAUUGAACAGCAUGACCUGCCGGGCCUAUCGCAUACCAAUGCCGAAGUACUGACGUAUCUUCUCCAGAGUAGAAAUCGGGGCUAUGUGUUGUUGGCCAAAAGACAAUCCUCGGAGUUCGAGCUUCUUAAACAUCUUUGUGAAAGGGAAACUCGUGUUCUCAUCGACGCUGGUGCAUUUAUUCUGGAGAUGGAUAACCGGUCCUUGGCUAAGGCAUGGCUGCGGGUGGAUACUCAAGCCCAAGGGGCAGUCUAUUUUGGACCUGAUAACAAAGCCUGGGUUCAGUACCGGGCUGGUAAUACGGUUCCAUUAAUUGCGACCCCCUUUGCGGAAAAUUUGGACCAUUGCUUGGUUUAUUUGGAUGAGGCGCAUACUCGAGGCACGGAUUUGAAGUUGCCGGCUGAAGCCAAGGGAGCAUUAACGCUAGGUUUGAACCAGACAAAAGACCACACUGUGCAGGCUGCGAUGCGGAUGCGUCAAUUGGGAACAACGCAGUCCAUAACCUUCAUCGCGCCCCCGGAAGUCCACCAGAACAUUUUGGACGUCUGCAAGAAGAGACCAUCAGAUAAACUCGACUCUACCCAUGUGGUUACCUGGUUGCUCGAUCAGACAUGCACUAACAACCAGGAUCUGCAACCACUUUACUUCGCACAAGGAAGGGACUUCUGUCGGCGUACCCAGGCGGGAAGGACAUGGAACCAGUUCUUGUCUCAGGUCAAGCAUCGAGACGCGUACAUGGCAGUCUUGCAGCAAACAGAGCGACAAGGAUUAGAAGAGCUAUAUGCAACGGAGGCCUCCUUUAAUCUCACGGAGUUGAACUCCGGCUCCGUUACGUUAUCUGGUGAACUCAGAGACUUUGAGAAAAAUAUUCAGUCCCAGCAGCAUCAAUCACAGCACUCCACCAGCUCAACUAAAAGCUCGGCUCUUGAAGAAGUCGAGCAAGAGCGGGAGGUUGCUUUCGAGAUCGAAGAGGAGAGAGAAGUGCAGCGACCUUGCCGUCUUCCGGCCCUCAAAUUUCCGGGUUUGCACAAAUCAAUCCGUGAAUUUGUCGUUACUGGCUUCCUGGAUGGGAAGGGAGGUUAUUGCAAAGCAUCUAUGGCGCUGCAUAUGACCCAGUUGAGGCAGAAAUACUGUAUUCAGCCCUCUUCGUUGCUGCGUUGUCUCUACAUUUCGCAGGAGUUCCUGAGGACGGUGAAGACUGCCAACAAAAGAAUACUCGAUGACUUCACGCGGCCGGUGAACUGGGUCCUUUGGAGCACAGUGUCUGAUACAGCACUCGUCAUCAUCCCAGAAGAAGCCGAACUCUUGAUCCCCCUGCUCCGAACAAUUGGGAUGCCAGUCGUACACCUCCUAGUAUAUGCCGCGCCCGUCACCCGAAAAAUGCAGGAGUUCAAUCGUCUCGACUUUUACUCCAUCCCCACUCUCCCGGAGGACUGGAAACCGCCAGCAUGGUUACCCCUCGAACUCGGAAUCCUUGGCGGACGACUUUACUUUGAAUUCGCCGAAUACCACCACAUCCAAAGGAGUCUACUCUUUAGUACACAAAGAAAUGAGUUUGGCAGGGAUGAACACGAAGACGAAGAUUCCCAGACCACAGCCAAAAACACCCUCGCCUUCCUUGGCGAAUGGCUCUCCCUUCGUCGCCAGGGACAGGAUAUCACACAGACACCCAUGGGAUACGUUUGUCAGGGUUGGCAGCUGCGUGGUGAUCAUCCAUUCUUUAUGCAGAGACUCGUCAAUAUCAACGUUUUGAGUGACGGUCACGUUUUUCAAUCAAGCAGCCAAAACGAGAGUGACAUUGACAACGACGUUGAGAGUGAAGACGAGGAUUUUUUCUUUAAUGAGGAGGAAGGGAAUGAGAAUGAAGAUACUGAAUUGAUGGAAUAG